AUGAGGGUAUUUCAAUCCAUUUUAUUGGUUUGUUCGACAGCUCUCGCUUAUGAUGCGGUCUUCUUCUCGAACGAACGUGAAAUAAGCAAGGACUUCCCAUCUGUAGAAAAUGUUCUCUCCACAGCAUCUAAGGAUUCUCCAGUUGUGUUUGUCACAAACCCCGACUUCACUUUGGGACAAUUUUCGAAACAAUCUUCUGCUUAUUCCGUUAAGAAGACUGAAAAUGGAUUGACCAAUGCUGUCAAGUCAUCCAAGUAUCAUGCUUCAAGAUAUAUCGAACAACCAAUUCUCGUUUCGGAAGCUAAUGUGAUCACUUCUGAAUCUGACUUCAAGCCUGACUCAAGUGUCUACGUCAUCUCCGGUGAGGAAUACACCUCUAUGGAAUCUACUUUUGUUCAACUCCAAUCAAAAAUUUCACCAAAAGCUACUUUCGUUAUCACUUCUUCUGAGGCUGUUUCUACUGAAAAGGAACGUGUCAAGCGUGUUGCCACCGGAGAGAUGGAAAGUCAACAGAGUGAUGGUGCAAAUGGCGAUGGUUUUCCCAUGCCAAUGAACAUUCCUCCUUACAAUCGCACUGAUGUAACUCCUGCCGUGUCCGUUGAUAUAACCAAACUAGGAAAUUGCAUGCUUUACCUGGAAGGUGUCAAUGUUAUUGUUCAAUCUAUUACUAAUAAUGGAAAAGGAUCAAUCUUCGUAGCCAUUCCAGUUAGAAGCAACGAUUCAGAAUGGCUUUACACUGAUGGAGAUGUCCAUUGUUCAAACUCUACUGUUGGAGACUACAUUUUCCACGUGAAGAUUCGUACUAAGACUGAUGUUGUUGGAAAGAACUUCAACGGAGAUACUGCUACUGUUCCAUCCGGCACGAUCAUCGGAUUUACUUUGAAAAUCACCGGAGAUCGCGGUGGAUAUUGGGGUUUGAAGAGCAUUGUCGUCGAUGGUUUUGCAGUCAAGGGAAGCACCGCUCUCGGAUUCUCCACAGCUCAAACUGUCGAUGGUACCAAUUCAACUGGAGUUCGAAACAUGGGAGUCAACAGCAUCCAAUACUGGGCUUACGGAUGUGGCUCAUCACAGGCGGCUUUCUUCAAGACUGAUCAGACCAAUGUCUUUAUCGGAAUUUCUCUAUACAACACUCAGAUUCAACCUUACGGAGUUGUCUCACUAAAAAACAAGAGUGUUUACUUCACACUCAAUGUUGAUGAUUGUACAGGAACUUUCUCAACCGGAUCAUGGAUGGGAAUAAUCAGUGUUCUAGUCCUUUUGGCUGGUUUGAUCUUCGGAUAUCUUAUGCUACAAAGUGUUGAAACUAUGGAUAGAUUCGAUGAUCCAAAACAAAAGCAGAUCACCAUCAACGUUAGAGAAUAA